ACCAGGUUACAACGUUAGCCAACUUUAGAAUAUACAAUGUCUGUAAACUUAUCUGAUUAUUUCAAAAGCUACUUCGGCGAAAACCUUCGUGAUCAGUUGGUCAAAGCCACUUCAGGAGGGGAUGACAUCAUUGCACCCUCCUCCCGUCUGUUACAAAAGAGGCGGGAGGCCAUGGAAGUCCAUGAUGCCAUGAGGAUGCAAAGAGAGGACUUUGACACAACUUUAAGAGCUUUGCGUGUUCGAAAGGAUGAGCUGUAUGACAAGGAAAGACAGAUGAGGGAGUACCUCCAUAGAUUUGACAACUUUUUGAAGGAUAACGAAAUGAAACGUUGCCGCGCCAUAAGAAAAGCGGGCCAAGAAAGGGAGCUGACCAAACAGAAGUGGGAGGACCUCUGUGUCUUAAAAAAGGAGAUGAAGACUCUGAUACAAGAGAGAAAUUAUUUGGAGACGCACGUAAAGAAGAAUGCUAUUUACCCCAAUUACCUUGAUAAGGUGGUGCAGAUCAGUGAGCAGUUCCAGGAGGCACGCCAAGUGAUGUCACGGUAUGACACCCUGAUGCUAACCCGUGAGGAUCUGGUCCAGACCACCCAGCAGAACCAGGACAGCACAGAGAAUGCCCGUACACAGCUGACCCGAUUCAUUGAACAGAGCAACGACACACUGCUUCACUACAACAACACCCUCGCUCAACUGCAGAGUCAGCUGGACCAUGCUCGGGAAGAGGGCAUGAUCUGGGAAUCAAGAUGGGCCCACAUUCAAAACACAGCUGCCAAAAAAACUCUGUUGUUGGGUACUAUCAAGAUGGCCACCCUGAACUUGUACCAAAGCGUGUGCAAGCACUCUAGAGACACAAGGGAACAACAGGUUACCCCUGAAGACACACCAAGGCAGCUGGACAAGAUUCAGACAUUCCUGACUGACCUAAUCUCCAUUUGGGAAGAGGUGAAUAAACAGGAUGCAGCCCUCACUGCACACCGCUGAAUGAAAGGCACCAGAGAUAUGAUAUUUUAGAAGUUUAUAGAAGAUUGCUAAUUCAAUUUUUAUAGAAUUGUUGAUGUAUUUUGCUUCUUUUUUAUAUAACAUGUUUCAAAAACACUU